AUGUCGAAUACCCCCAAUAAAUCGACACCUGAUCCUGUUUCUGGAAGUACAGUCUUUCACGGGUCGAUAUUUGAACAUCCUCAUUUGCACCAUAGUGUAUCAGAAAGGUCGAUAUCACCACGCCACGUAUCCAAAGAAAGUCAAGACCACCACCACCAACAACAACUGGAACAACAAGGACCUAACAGUUUCAGCUUACCAAAUCAAGUACCGGGUUAUGAUUAUCCAUCGGCAACUAUUGAAGAACAAAUAGACUUACGACUCGCAUCGUCUAAUAAUCCUACUAUUGUUAUGGAAUUAGAUUUGGAUGGGAACAUCCGUUAUUUAAGUAAAAAUUGGGAAUACAUAGUUGGAACAAAUAUCAAGAAAAUUGUCAAUCGACACAUUUCGAAAAUUAUAAUUGGUAAUAAUGAUGAUGAUUCUCAAGUGUUUAAUAUUGCCAUAGAUGCCAUGACCAGAGAAGAUAUCAGUUAUAAGGUCAAAUUCAUAACUGCUACAAACCAUACCCAAAGAAAUAAAGAUGGUGAAGAAGUUUAUAACGAUUUAAACGAUUUAUUAUUAAGUCGUUCUCAUGAUGAUGAACAAUCAGGGAUUUUAACUCCUCAUAAUUCUAUGGAAGAUAUGGCUAGAAAUGAUAUACCAGCAAAUGAUUAUUUUGGAAAACAACCAUUGGAACUGACACGACAAGAAUCUGAGAAAAUUGAUUCGUCUGAUACUUCGAGUACUUUAUCUUCAGAGAUAUCCAAUGAUGGAGAAAUUAUCGAGUUGGAAGCACAAGGUAUAUUGAUUCAUGAUGCCAAAACCAAAUUACCAACACAUUCAAUGUGGACCAUUAGACCUUUUAAAGAGAUUGAUUUGGAAUUGACGUUACCAAUUGCUUUAAUCGAUUUAUUAGGGUUUGGUUCGGAAAUAUUUGAAGGAUAUUUGGUUAGUCUUAAGAAUUUAGGGAUAAUUGAUGAAGAAAGUGUCCCACAACCAAAAAUGAUAUUGUGUAGAAUUUGUGAAACUAAUAUACCUGCUUGGUUUAUUGAAAAACAUUCUGAUUUAUGUGUUUUGGAACAUCGGGCUGCUGAGAAAUUACAACAAUACCAUGAUGCUAUAAGUGAACAAAAAGAAUUGGUGAUUCGUAUAUCAGAAAGUUUAGCUAUUGCAAGUCAACUGCUCCCAUCGUCACUGGGUUCGGGACUGAACACUCCGCCACAAUUAUUGACAAACCAAUCACUUUUAGCAUCUUCAGCAUCAUUAGUAUCGUCGGCGUCUUCUAGUUCAUCGGAAGGAGAGAGUUCAAAUCUGUCUUCACAUUUGAUUUUAGAAUACAAGGGGUUACCCUUACCAAAUAUGUCGGAGUAUCCAUCACCAAAAUUGGCCAAUAAAAUAUUGACGAAAAAUUUCCAGUCUAAAAACAAACAUGCUUUAAUGUUUUCUAAGAAAUUCCCAUUUGGAAUUUUGCAAAGAAUAGUGGAAUUAUGUGAUGAAGCAUUGUUGGUGAAUCCUCCUUCUACAAAUGAAGACAAUGUUUUAGCAUUUUCUCCUGGUUCAGAAAAGGCUUUGAGUAUUGUAAUGAGUUCAAGUUUUUUGGAAACUUCAGAUUUGGCAAUUAAACAAUUAAUUGAAGAUACUCAAGAAUUGAUUAACGAUAAGAUGGAAACAUUGUCGAGAUUGGUUUCGAUUUUACAAUUUCUGGAGAAAAUCAAACAUGAAGUGGAUAGUUUGGUGUUAAGUACAGUUAGAGAGACUGUUGAAAAAAUAAAGAAUCAAACCAUUUUAGAAUCAAGAGAAUGUACACCAAUCAAUAAUGAUAGUCUGAUAAGUAUCAAUGAAGAACUGGUGCCGACAAGGCUUGAAUCUUCAAACCUUGACCAAGAACAGAUGCAAAAUGAAGUGCAACAACAACAACAACAACAACAACAACAACAGCAGCACUACCAGGAGCAACCUAUUGCAGAAACACUUAAUUUAACAACAGCUUCAACCUUACAAGCACCAAAGCCUCACAAAAGUAUUAGUCCGAUUAUUUCUGAUUUGCUUACACCUAGUGAAAAUGUCAUCACUCCUAAAGAUAUAUUAUUGAAGGAAUCUAAAUCAUACAGCACGUCAAUGUCAGCAUCACCUUUGAAUCGGUCUGGUUCUAGUUUAUGUACACCAAGACCACAGUCAAUAGCAGCACCAAUUCCAACUUCAAAUUCUUCAAGAGAUUUAUUAGAAUCGAUCCAGGCAUUAGAUUUAUCGAAACGAUCAUCAGAAAACAAUUCACAAUAUUCGUCACCACGACGUCAUUUAUCUCCGGCACCACCACCAUACGUUGAGAAAUCCAAUUUAACAACUUUGCAAAAAAAUACUGCUGCCACCCCAAUUGCAUCACCAUUAUUAACGACUAUGGACGAUAGUGGUGCAACUACUAACAGUGGUGGUGGUUAUGGAGAAAAGAAAAUCACUCACUUAUCGUUGAAUACACAAGUACCGAGUCAACCAUCAUCAGCAAUGAGUUCUAGUGUAAAGAGUGCAACUAUACGACCACCAUUAUCACCAUUAUUGGUAUCAACACAACAACCACAACCUAGAUUAAGUACUGGUGGGAUUAGAGAUUAUCAAGUGAUCAAACCUAUUAGUAAAGGGGCAUUUGGAUCAGUUUUCUUGGGUAAACGUAAAUUGACUGGUGAUUAUGUGGCCAUAAAAUGUUUGAAGAAACGAGAUAUGAUUGCCAAAAAUCAAGUUCUAAAUGUUAAAUCUGAACGAGCAGUAAUGAUGAGACAAUCUGAUUCACCAUAUGUUGCUCAAUUAUAUAGUAGUUUCCAAUCACGAGAUUAUUUAUAUUUAGUAAUGGAGUAUUUGAAUGGUGGAGAUUGUGCAACUUUACUUAAAACUUUAGGGGUUAUUGGAGUGGAUUGGACACCAAGAUAUAUUGCUGAAAUAAUUGUUGGUGUUGAUGAUUUACAUAAUAGAGGCAUCAUUCAUCGAGAUUUGAAACCAGAUAAUAUUUUGAUUGAUAAGAAUGGACAUUUGAAAUUGACUGAUUUUGGAUUAUCUCGAUUAGGUGUUGUUGGAAGACAACAAACACAACAUCGUAAGAGUAGUACCAAUGAACAAGGUAUUGAAUUGUUUAGAAGUAUGUUACUGGAAGAAUCAAAUCAGAAGAAAGUGAAUCCUGGUACUCCAUUUUCAUUAUCUCCAAGUUUAGAACAAUCAAGGGUACCCUCUAAUAGUCAGCAACAACAGCAACCAGGAGCAGGUACAACCCCAUCAGUGUCGUCAUUAGCAGCAGGUGAAAACUUUGCCUUGUCUAGUACCUCUCCAACUUUGGCUUAUUUGGAAAGUUUUAAUUCCCUUUCAUCUGUAUCAACUCCUACAGGUGUCACACAACCACCGCCAAAACCUUUUGUUAAAUCAUCGAAUGGAAGAUCCGGUUCGAAUGGAUUUGAUUCGCCAAUAUUAAAGCCAAUUAUUCCAAGAACAGAAUCAGAAUCAUCAUUUGCCAUUAUGGAUGAUGAACCUAGCCCUGGACCUACAACAAAUUAUGCAUUGUAUAAUCCUGAUAAUCAUAAAAGUGGAGAAACGACAACUACAACCGCAGGAGGAGGAGAGGGAGAUAGUGCUAAUAUUAAAAAAUUUGUUGGUACACCUGAUUAUUUAGCUCCGGAAAUCAUUAAAGGAUCUGGAGAAAAUGAAUCAUCGGAUUGGUUUUCGGUUGGAGUAAUCAUGUUUGAAUUUCUUUAUGGAUAUCCUCCAUUUCAUGCAGAUACACCAGAACAAGUAUUUAAUAAUAUAUUACUGGGGAAAAUUGAUUGGCCGGAAUUAACUGCUGAAGAAGAUAUGAAAUUUUGUCCACCUGAUGCUAAAGAUUUAAUUAAUAGAUUAUUAGUGAUGGAUCCAGAAGAACGAUUAGGUUCAAAUGGAGCUGAUGAAAUUAAAAAUCAUCCUUAUUUUAAAGAUAUUCAUUGGGACACAUUAUUUGAAGAACCAGCUCCAUUUACACCAAUGUUAGAUGAUCCUGAACUGACUGAUUAUUUUGAUUCGCGAGGAGCAAUGAUGACUCAAUUUCCUAAAGAAGAAGAUCUGCUGCUGCAACUGCUGGAUGGUGAAACCAAACCAGAAAAUGAAAAUGAAAAAGAAAAAGAAAGUACAACAACAAAUACCACGGGACAUAUUAUUCAUCGACAAAAAAGUCUUGAUCGGAAUAGUAGUAUUAGUAGCAAUGAUUCUGGAUCAUUAUCAUUACCUGGAUCUUCAAGUAUUAGUAACCCUACCACGACGAAAAAGGAAAGAAGAAGUAGUAAAUUGGCUGAUCCUAGUGAAUUUGGUUCAUUUCAUUUUCGAAAUUUGGCAGUAUUGGAAAGACAAAAUAAAGAUGUUAUUAAUCGAUUGAAAACAGAACAUUUAGAACAUCGUGGUAGUUUUUCUACUUCUUCAUCAUCGGAAUCAACACCAACAGGGAGACUGAGAGGUUUUUCAUUUGGAAAUGGUGGUGGUAGUUCCAGUAGUGGCGGUGGCGGUGGAGUUGGAACCAGUGGUUCACCAUUUAAACGUCCUAUUUCUCCACCAUCAUCAUUUAAUGCCAAUCAAUCAAGUGGAUUAGGACUGCCAGUUAUCACUACAGCAUCAGGAGUAAUGGGAGGUACCAAUGUGGUGUCUUCAGCCAACACAACUAGUAGUAGUAGUAGUAACCACAAUCAUAAUAAUAGUUUUAAUGCUACUGGUGGUCUUGGAAUCGGUACAACUACAGGAAGUAUUCGAUCAGCAUCACCUCAUCGAUUAUUCGAAAGUCCUAAUAUUCCUAAACAUGAACGUAUACCAUCGGCUACAAGUGCAUAUUCUAGUGGUGAUGAAAUAUUAAUUAGUCCUCUGUUAAUGAUUCAUCAAGAUGAACGUAAUCAUCAUUCAAGAAGUAGUAGUUUACCAUAUUUACAAACAGUUACAAAACAACCAAGUUUCCUGUAUUUGAAUCAUAAUCAUAUUAUUCGAGAUUUUUCAUCACCGAAUUCAUCAGAUCUGGAAGAUACUAAAUCAAAUGCAUUAUUACGAGUUCAAAGAAGACGUGAAAGUUCUCGUAUGUCAACUGAGUUGUUACUGGGUGGUGGUGGUACCACUAGUAAUACAAACACUGGUGGAACUAGUAGCAACAAUAGUAGUUUAAUUAUUGCUGAUCUUGAUGUAUUAUAUUGUGAACCUAUUUCAGUGAUUCGUCAUAGUGUGGUGAAAUUAUUAGAGAAAGCUGGAUGUAUAGUAGUUUCAGUUACUGAUGGAGAAGAAUUAAUUAAAAGAGCAACAUCACAAGUUAAAUUUGAUUUAAUUUUCACUGGCUUAAAAAUAUCUAAAGUUGAUGCUAUAGAUGCUGUUAAAUUAAUUAAAUUUACUAGUGGGAAAAAUCGUAAUACCCCAAUAAUUGGAAUUACUGAGAAUAAAAAUAAAAUUGAUGAUAUUACUACUAGUACUACAUUUGAUUAUAUUAUUGAACCUAGUCUUGAAGCUAUUUCUAAAGUUUGUCGGAUAUUACGUAGCUAG